CUUCCAUUUGAUAGAAAUUUAUCAGAGGAUGACAUAACCAUGGAAGCAUCCAACUGAACUUGUUUAUGAUAUUCUGAAGGAGUUGGUUGAUGCAAUAAUCUACUGAAAGUCAACAUAUGUACUCUAGAGAAACCAGCAACAAGAUCACUGUGCACCUAAAGAUUGCUCUUGGGGUGGUCUUAAUGGCAUCCAUGAGGGAACUUGUCCUCAAGGUGCUUGCAGAUUUACAAGAGGGAUUUAUCAGAGAGUGGCAUAACCAGAGAAGUGCCCAAUUGACCUUGUUUGAGAUAUUGAAACGAGCUUUCUGGCUCCCUUCCACUCAUGGUCAAGGAAUAUAUCAACUUAUUCAGUGUGUGAGAGGAGAAGAAAAACAAGUCUGUUGUUCCACUGGAAGCAUCAGCUGCAACAUUUGCCUACAUUUUGGAGCCUAGACGGAAUAGACAAAUAAAUAAAUGACAAGAUGUAAAGAAGUUGAAUGCUGAAAAAGAGAACAAGAUGGUUACAAUUACUUUGAAGUCAAAGAAUGGAAAAUUUAAAUGUUGUGAGCUAGUGAAACUUACCAAUAUCUUUGAGAGAGACAUCAGAAGAGGGGCAUGGGAACACUUUGAUGAUUACUUAGAUGAUGGUUCUUAAGUAGCCUACAGCCGUAGAGAUGCUAUCUCAUCAUCCGGUCAAGGGUACAGGGAAUUUCCUAUAAAGGUCAUUGGCAAAAAAUUUUCUCUGCUUUGUUGUCAAGCCUCGAAGAAAAUUUUCAUUGGAAAAGGAGACUCAACUAAAGAAGUGUUUCUCUCUGCAAUUUUUCAUCAAUACAAUUAUCCUUGUUUGCUGGAAUAUUUUCUAGUCCUCCUUGAUUUGGGGGGUGACUCUUAAUGAUUUUGCAAGCUGAGUUGCAGUUCAAGAUAGCUAAAAAAACUGAAGAGACUAAAGUCAGAGUAGUCUCCCCCUUAACUGUCAGACUUAUUCGAACAAGUUUGAGGGCAAGGUAGAAUCUUGUGAUUUCAUUAUUUAUGCAUCCAGUUCCAUCCAGGGAAGUGAGAUUGAUGUUGUUGUUCUUUCCAUCUAGAGAAAAAUCUCUGCAAGUGUACAAUUUUUCAUAGUGGAAUUUUUUAUAUGGAGUAGGUCCAUGGUUUUUUUCUUUUUGGGUUUUUCAUGUAAAAAAUUCUUGGGUUGAUU